CACAGAGUGUGAGAUCCUGUUGGAUUCCCUGGUCAUGAACACUUCUAAGGAUACAGAAUUUACAGAGAGAGUUCUGGUGCUGAAACUGAUCCCUGAGGUAGAAUUCAGAGUGACAGCAACCCCAGAUACUGGCUGUCCUUGUACACAUGUUCUAAAGCCUGGAUGAUUUGUGCUCCCAUUCACCUGGCCCUGUGCUUGGAGGGGCUCUGAGUGAAUCUUGUUCUCUGAAGGAGCUGGGAACCCCCUUUCACCAUAAAGCCUCGUGCAGUGUUAAAAGGGUUUUGGUUCUGGGAAAAGGGCAGGAAAUGUGUCAAAGGCUCAUGAAAAACUUCUCCUCAGCUGACCCUGUCAGUGGUCAGUGCUGAGUUUGAAAUAGGGAAAUGGGUAAAUUUAUUCCAGAGGAGAUUUUCUGGACUUGCAUAAGUCUCUUCAUUUUCUUUCUAUAGAAAGCUUUUCCCUGAAGGAAUUUGUUAAAAAUCCCUGCAAAGCACACACAGGAAUGAGCUCCUCCUGUGUGUGCUGAGAUGUCAUUUAUGUAGUCCAUAAAGCCAAGUGGGCAGAGUGGGGGUGCCUGCAAUCCCAUUUCUCAGGGGGGUUAAGCACAGUUUCCUUACACCUCAGUACAUCAGCUCACCAAAAAGGUGUUCUCUAGAGGCAAGAACCUUACUUCAAGCCAACCUGAGCUGAAACUGCCUUACUUUUUUUAAAUCAACAGUUCCAGAGAAUGCAGGUGUCUUUCAUGGUUUCCUGUUUCUUGUCAAUUUAAAUAAUGAAAAAGUGAAGUUGCUUAACUUCCACAAUUGUGUAAGCUCACAUCUGAGCUUUGAACUGGUGUGACAGACACUUCUCACAAAGCAAGUGGUUAAACUGGUGUGCUGAUACCUGGGGAGUUUUCCAGCAGCACUUCCAUGGUGAGAGCUUCUCUUUCUGUCAGUUAAUGCUCUGAGAGAAUGGGAAGCUACCCCUCAAAACCAGCUACAGUUGCACCCAUUUCCACUACUACCACUGUCCCCAGCACUGCCCCCAGCACUGCCCACACCACUACAGCUGCUUUCAGAGCUGCAGAAGUUGGAUGCUGGAUUGAUAACCAUGAAAUACUGUACAUGUCCUUGGCCUUCAUCUCCGGCAUCCUCCUGACUGUCCUGGUUUUUGCAGUCAUCUUCCUCUUCAGGAAAAGUUAUAAAAAAUCCCACCAAAAUUUACAAGAGGAAACUUUCUCCCAGGUGGCAGCUGAGGAAUUUCUUAGGAACACCCAGAGUGAAGUGACCUACAGCACUCUGGUCUUCCAGCGGGGCAGGACAUCACUGCCUGUGUGAUGAGGAUGAAAUAUGGAAUAUUUCCAAAUGAAAUAAAAACCUUCCCACUUCCUGGACAUUAAAAGCCACGAGGAUGUCGCACCAUGGGAAUGCCCCCGUGCCCUCUGUGACACAGCUCUUUUUGCAGUUAUGACUGGAAACUGUCUCCUGUUCCAAACUGGCUGCCACCAGUGUGGGCAAAUGGAGAGUUGCUCUACAGGAUUUCCUCAUCUGUAGAAAUCUCCCUGCCCUUGUAAAGUUUCCGUUUGUGAGAGCUACCAGAGAGAAUUGAGAAAUGAAAUUGUUUCUCUGCAUCUAUCCACGUCUCUGCCCUUGUGUUUCCCUUUUCUGUCACCAACUCGAACAUUUUAUAUUGUAUUUUUUUUUUAUUGCCAAGUGCUCUGCUUAGUUGUUUUCUGUUAUUGAAGUGGUGAUAAUGAAACGUUUGUAUGCAAAUCUCUGCUUCCCGGUUG